CACACCCAGCCCUCUGCGGCGGGUGAGCUGGUGGUGCGCUUCCUUCUCCGGGUGAAUCACCCCAUCCGCAAGCAGGCUAGCAGCACCAGCUCCCUGGUGUACCCCUGCUCCUCCCGCCUGCAGCCUCCCUGUCCUCCUGGGCAACCCCCGCGCCUUCUGAGCCCCAUUUCCCAGGCCGUGGCAGCAGCCCAGGACCGGAGCCAUGUCGGGCAUCGCAGCCAAAGUGGCGAAAGAUCGGGAGGCGGCGGCCGGCCUGGGCUCUCACGAGCUGGCAGUCAAAUACCUCAACCAGGACUACGAGGCACUUCUCAACGAAUGCCUUGAGGAGGGCAAACUCUUCCAGGACCCUUCCUUUCCCGCGAUUAUAUCUUCCCUGGGAUUCAAGGAACUGGGACCGCAUUCGAGCAAAACUCAAGGCGUCGUCUGGAAGAGACCUACGGAGAUCUGUUCCGAUCCUCAGUUUAUUGUUGAAGGAGCCACCCGCACAGACAUCUGUCAAGGAGCCCUGGGUGACUGCUGGUUGCUGGCAGCCAUCGCCUCACUCACCCUGAAUGAAGAAAUCCUGGCCAGGGUGGUUCCAAAAAACCAAAGCUUCCAGGAAAACUAUGCUGGGAUCUUCCAUUUUCAGUUCUGGCAGUAUGGUGAGUGGGUAGACGUGGUGGUGGAUGACAGGCUACCCACAAAGAACGGUGAGCUUCUCUUUGUACACUCAGCAGAGGGAAGUGAAUUCUGGAGCGCCCUCCUGGAGAAAGCCUAUGCAAAGGUCAAUGGAUGUUAUGAAGCUCUCUCAGGAGGGUCUACCACAGAGGGCUUUGAGGACUUCACUGGAGGGAUAGCUGAGUGGUACGAGCUGAGGAAAGCCCCUGACAACUUGUUUGUCAUCAUCCAGAAGGCCCUGCAGAAGGGCUCUCUCCUUGGCUGUUCCAUUGACAUCACAAGUGCUGCAGACUCAGAGGCCAUAACUUUCCAGAAGCUGGUGAAAGGACAUGCAUACUCAGUCACCGGAGCAGAAGAGGUGGAGUUUAGAGGAAGCCUGCAGAAGCUGAUUCGCAUCCGAAAUCCCUGGGGAGAAGUGGAAUGGACUGGAAAGUGGAGUGACAACUGCCCUAACUGGAACAGCAUAGACCCAGAUGAGAGGGAGAGACUAACCAGGAAAUUUGAAGAUGGAGAAUUCUGGAUGUCUUUUGGUGACUUCUUGAGGCACUAUUCUCGCCUAGAGAUCUGCAACCUAACCCCAGACACGCUAAUCAGUGACACCUACAAGAAGUGGAGACUCACCAAGAUGGACGGGACCUGGAGGCGGGGAUCUACUGCAGGGGGCUGCAGGAACUACCCAAACACUUUCUGGAUGAACCCUCAAUACAUGAUCAAGCUGGAGGAGGAGGAUGAGGAGGAUGAGAAUGAUGGCUCCGAGCCAGGAUGCACCUUCCUGGUGGGCCUCAUACAGAAACACCGGCGACGCCAAAGGAAAAUGGGAGAGGAUAUGCACACUAUCGGCUUUGGUAUCUAUGAGGUCCCUGAGGAGUAUUCUGGUCGGACCAGCCUUCACCUCAACAAAAACUUCUUUCUGACAACCAGAGCAAGGGAGAGGUCGGACACGUUCAUCAACCUCCGGGAAGUGCUGAACCGUUUCAAGCUGCCUGCUGGAGAAUAUGUCAUUGUGCCUUCUACUUUUGAACCCCACAAGAAUGGGGAUUUCUGCCUCCGAGUCUUUUCAGAGAAGAAAACUGACUCUCAAGUUGUCGAUGAUGAAAUUGAGGCCACCCUGGAUGAGAAUGACGUUGAUGAAGAUAGCAUUGACGAUGGUUUCAGGAGACUGUUUGCUCAACUGGCAGGGGAGGAUGCAGAGAUUUCUGCCUUUGAGCUGCAGACUAUCCUGAGAAGAGUUCUAGCAAAACGUCCAGAUAUCAAGUCGGAUGGCUUCAGCAUCGAGACUUGCAAGAUCAUGGUUGACAUGCUAGAUGCUGACGGGAGUGGGAAACUGGGCCUGAAGGAGUUCUACAUUCUCUGGUCAAAAAUACAAAAAUACCAGAAAAUUUACAAGGAGAUGGAUGUUGAUAGGUCCGGCACCAUGAAUGCCUACGAAAUGCGUAAAGCAUUAGAAGAAGCAGGUUUCAAGCUGCCAUAUCAGCUCCAUCAGGUCAUCGUAGCCCGGUUCGCAGAUGACGAGCUCAUCAUCGACUUUGAUAACUUUGUUCGGUGCUUAGUUCGACUGGAAACACUGUUCAAGGUAUUCAAGCAGUUGGACCCUGAGAACACCGGAACAAUAGAACUCAAUCUUACCAGUUGGCUGUGUUUUUCGGUCCUUUGAUGUAAUGAUAAUAACUGACCCUACUGAAGACUUCUCAUGAAAUUACGGUCACCUGAAGACUAAUCUUCCAUAAAAGAAACACUAUGUCCUAGUUUUGAGCUGCACCUUGGGUUUAUGAAUAGCAACUGCUUGAACUGAUAAUUAGGACUGAAAAAAAAAGUAGCAUUGUCUUAAGUAUUUGGAGAUCAGAAUUUCCAGAUACCCAGAGCAAGAGAUCUGUAGGCUCAUUACAUCAUAUGCAGAAAGUGUAGUUUAGCCAUUUGCAACCUCGAUAAAAGCUUUAAUUUUCUAAAUAGGACAUACUUUUUUUUUUUACAUAAGUGUAACAAUAUUAAGUCAAGAAAAACGCAGGGAGAAACCCAAUACCUAUGCAAACAUGAGGCUGUUUUUAAAGGAACCAACCCCUCACUGUGCAUAAAGUAUUUACAUUUGCAAAUUUAGCCAACAUCCCGGAAGAGAUAAUGAGGUCAUCAUUUCAUUUACACAAGGUGGAAAAUACAGAACAUAUCAGAAAGUCCAUGUGAUAUAAAGAAAGGAAAGAGCACUAGAUUUGGCAUCAGAACGCCUGGACUCCUAUCUACUUCCUACCUAGUGUCACCUUGGGCAAAUCACUUAACUCUCUGGGUCUCCGUUCCAUAUCUGUAAAAUGAGAGGGGUGGAUUAGAUUGCAUCAAGAGUCCCUUCCUCCAAAUCCCAUGAAAUAAAUAACCUGACUUAAGACAUUUAAGGAUUUCAGAUGAGAAAGAGGCAGUAUGGGUAACAGAAAGGGCAUUGGAUUCUUGGAAUCAGAGGGUUUGGGUUUAAGUCUUGGCAACUCCAAGAUAUGUGACCUUGGACGAGUCAAUUUAUCUAGGCCUUGGUUUCCUUCAUCUGUAAAAUGAGGGGGCGGGCCUGGGUGAUAUGGAAGGUCACUAAUGGCUCUGAAUCUUAUGAUUUUGCCUCUGCCCUUCAAGUCCUUUGGGAUGAGCAAUCCUGAAAAUGGCAAAUCAUUGUCUUUAAUCCUAAGAAGUACUAGAGCAGAAGAAUCUGGUCUUCUUAAUGUCAUAUAGAGUGAAGCAUUUAGGUAUUUUAUAUGAAUUAACUGCAGCUCUGGACCAAUCAGAAGACUGUGUACCAAAGCCAGACUAUCAUGUUUUUAAAUUGAUGAUGAAUACAAAGAACACAUCAGGUUGCUUGCUGCCUCAAUACUUUGGCAACUAUUGACUUCAAAAAUUUAGUUGGCUUGUUUGUGUGCAGUCAAGGUCAAUAGCUGUUCAUCAGGAAAUAGUUCCAAGUUAUUUCCUAACUUUAUCAUCAAAUAAAUAUAAGCAAUAUUAUGACAACAAAAAAA